CGUAAAUUGCACAUGUGCUUCAAGUGAUAUACAGUAGAUUGGUUAAUAUUUUUUACAGUGCGUGAAUUAAUAUUAAWUAAUUAAUUAUGUCUCGAUUAAUUGUAAAAAAUUUACCUAAGAGUGUUACUGAACCUAAAUUGAAAGAAUUGUUUAGUGAAAAAGGUAUAGUUACCGAUGUACAAUUGAAAUAUACAAAAGAUGGAAAGUUCAGGCAUUUUGGUUUUAUUGGAUUCAAAACUGAAGAAGAAGCAUUAAAAGCUAAAGAAUAUUUUGAUAAAACUUGCAUAGAUACUUUUAGAAUAUCUGUGGAUGUGUGUGCUGAUUUAGGUGACCCAUCAAAACCAAAAUCAUGGAGUAAAUAUGCACCGGAUAGUUCUUCUUAUAAACAAUUACAUGAUAAAACCAAAAAUGAUAAAGAUGGUAAAGCAGAGAACAAUAAUGAAAAUGAAACUCCUAAAGAAGCAAAAAAGAAAAAGAAGAAAAAUAAGGAAGAACAAUCUGCAGAGGUUAAAGAAGCCAUUGCAAAGCAUAAAGAUGAUCCAUUGUUCAUGGAAUUUCUUGAAAGUCAUGCUGUAGCAGAUUCAAAGAAAAAUUGGAUAAAUGAUGCUGUAAUCGAAACUAUAGCGAACCAAGGAGAUCAAGAAAAUGAUGAGAAAAAUGAUUCUGCUCAUAAAAAUGAUGAAGGAGAUAAAGAAGAAGAUAAAGAAAUGAAAGAAGAAAAAGAUGAGAAGGAAAAGAUUGCUAAUAAAGUUAUAUCAGAUUUAGAAUAUAUGGAAGCUUUAAAGAAAAAAACACAAACUAUUGAGAAGAAAGAAGUAUCUGCAUCAAAGCAUGGUCCUGUCAAGUUUUUUACAGUAAAAUUACGAGGAUUAGGAUACAACCAUAAAAAGAAACACAUCAAACAAUUUUUUCAUCCUUUAAAACCAAAAUCUAUACGCGUACCACCAAAAAUCAAAGGGAUAGCUUAUGUUGGAUUUAAAUCUGAACAGCAAAUGAGAAAGGCUUUAUUAAAAAAUAAAAGUUUUUUUGAAGGUAAACAGAUAUUUUUAACGAAAUACGAAGAACAUUUAGAAAUUAAAGAAGAUAACAAUACAGAAACUAACAACUCUAAUGUUAAAUGGAAAAAACAAGAGGAGUCAUUAAAAAAUGAAGAAAGUAUAGCAGAAUCUGGAAGAAUGUUUAUACGAAAUCUGACUUAUACGACAACAGAGGAUGACAUCAGGCAACUAUUUGAAAAAUAUGGCCCCUUAACCGAAGUUAAUUUACCCGUGGAUCGGACUACCAGAAAACCAAAAGGUUUUGGUACAAUAACGUUUUUAAUGCCUGAACAUGCUAUCAAAGCUUAUACUGAAUUGGAUGGUUCUAUCUUAAAUGGUAGAAUGUUACAUUUGCUUCCAGGCAAAGCAAAAUCUUCUAUAUUGGAUCACGUUGAUUUAGAAAAUUUACCUUACAAACAGAAGAAAGAAAUACAAAAUAAAAUGACUGCAAAUUCAUCUCACAAUUGGAAUACAUUAUUUUUGGGACAAAAUGCUAUUGCUGAAGCAAUAGCUGCAACAUACAACACGACUAAAGAACACGUAUUGGAAGAUGAUUCAAAAGGUAUGAGUACUGCCGUUAAAUUAGCAUUGGGUGAAACACAAUUAGUACAGGAGACCAAAAAGUUUUUGGAAGAAAACGAAGUUUCUUUGGACGCAUUUAAUCAACCUUCAGAAACACGAUCGAAGAAUGUUAUACUGGUUAAAAAUUUACCAGCUGGUACAGAAUCUAAGGAAAUCUAUAACAUGUUUUCUAAACAUGGAGAACUUGGAAGAGUUGUUAUGCCACCAUCAGGAAUAACAGCCUUGGUGGAAUUUUUAGAACCUUCAGAAGCACGCAAAGCAUUUACAAAAUUAGCAUAUACUAAAUUCAAACAUUUACCACUUUAUCUGGAAUGGGCGCCGGAUAAUAGUUUUACGAAAAAACUUAGCGAAUCGAAUAAAAAUAAAAAUAAACAUAACGUUCAAAAUAAAUUGCCGGACACUGUGGCAUCUGUAGAAAUGAACAAUGUAGACAAAGAUAAGUCAAAUGAAAAACAUUCGAAUGAAGAAAAUAAAGAAAUGGAGGAAGACGACGAAGAACCUGAACCAGAAACAACUAUUUUUGUUAAAAAUAUUAACUUCUCGACUACCGAAAGUGCAUUGAAAGAGUAUUUUGCUAAAUGUGGUCCCAUUCAUUACGCAAUGAUAGCGACUAAAAAAGAUUUAUCAAAUCCUGGUGGAAAAUUGUCCAUGGGUUAUGGUUUUGUUAGAUAUAAAUAUCAACACGAUGCAAAUCGUGCUUUAAAAACAUUACAAAUGACAGUACUCGAUGGUAAAACUUUGGAAUUAAAAAGAUCUGAGAGAACACUCGCGAGCGAUGUUAAAACUGCAAAAAAAUCAUCUAAAGUAACACCACAAACGGGAACCAAAAUUUUAGUUAGAAAUGUACCAUUCCAAGCGACAGUCCAAGAAAUUGCAGAAUUAUUUAAAGCAUUUGGUGAAUUGAAAGCUGUAAGAUUACCAAAAAAAUUGAUAGGCGCUGAAAAACAUAGAGGAUUUGGUUUCGUUGAAUAUUACACGAGAAGCGAAGCAAAGAGAGCAUUUCAAGCAUUAUGUCAGAGUACUCAUUUGUACGGCAGAAGAUUAGUAUUAGAAUGGGCUCAAAAGGAAGAGGGCAUUGAAGAAAUUAGAAAAAGAACUGCUAAACAUUUUCACGAAGAGAGCGUGAUAAAAAAGAGUAAAAAAUCAGUCUUGAAUCCUGAAACGGUUGGAUUAGAAGAAGAAGAAGUUGAAUAAAUUAUUUUAUUCUAUUUCAUUGAUAUA